CUUCCCAGUUUCAAACGAGGCUCUGGGCUAGUUCGUAUUUUGCGCAUUCUUCUGAGCUGUUUCAUGCGCGUUGCAUUGUUGUGUUUGUGUGCAUGUGUGUGUGUGUGUGUGUGCGUGCGUGCGCGCGACAGAGAGAGUGUGAGAGAGUGAGUGGAUUGUAGUAAUGUAAUUUUGUGCCAGCAUGCUUUUUCUUCAAUUAGAGUACAGAUUUGGCAUGAUUUGGUGCGACUUGGCACAGUAAUUUGAUGUUUUGUGGACUGAGACAUAAAUUUCUCGGGAGUUUGUGAGUGCUGACGAGGGUCAGAUGUUCAUUUGAGGGGAAAAGAAUGCACAGCCGACUGUCCUUGCAGGAGCUUUUACUGUCCGGAGUUCCCUGCUCGUCGUCUUCAUUCCCAUCCAGCUGCCGAAGCAGCGCGAGUGGAGAAAUUGGUCCCACUGAGACCAAAAUUGUGUAUGGUUCAACUUCGAUUGUUCAGUGCAGUAGGGUAUCUGCUUCUGCAGAGGGAGGGGUAGAUGUGCCUGUAAAUUGUCGCAAGCGGGAAGGUAAAGCUGCAUUGAUCACUGAUGAGGCGAAGAGACGGAAGGUGUUCAAGGACUCCUGGUUCCUGGUGGGGCGCCUCCUGCUCUGGAAUAGGACGGCGAGUUCACAUCCAACCAAUGGCUCGAAUUCGAUGGAUUGUCUAGCCUUCUGCGAUGGUGUGGCAGCUGUUUGCUGCACUGUUCAAACGCUUGAACUUGACCUACUAGGCCAGUAUGUGCAGGUCAAUUCCUGGACCUUUGUACCAGCGACUCGGCAGCCAGUUGAGACAUCGAAUGCGGAGGAUGGAUCUGCUGUUUCUCGAUUGAAACGGACAAAGUGUCACGAAAACGCCAAGGUACAAGAAUUUUGUGGGAAUGUGCAGGUUUUGCCUCAAACUUCGGAUUGCGGGGGUUGCCUCGAAAUCCAUAGUAUGAAACUAUUGGGUGAAUCUUCUGCACCGACGGCCCAGGUGUCCGAUUUUCCCUCUCUCUGUCUCAGUCCUGCCGCGGCAAGAACACGCAACCUCGUCUUAGAAAGUCCGUUGGAGAAGACCGCACCAAGCAAACCUCGUUUGAGGGUCCAGGGUUUCCUGCAUUGUAUCAGCCCACCAUUCAUAUUGCCUUCCAAAUCUUCCUUACAAAAUGCACCACUAAUUACAGAUGGGAGAACUUCAAUUGGACAAGGUCCACCGAGGUCUCUAUUUAAAGAUAAGAGCGAAUCAAGACUUCAUACACAUGGCCAGUGCAUGCCAGGGUUUUUGGUAGAGCUAUGUACUCAUUGUCUCGGCAGUAUGUGCCAGCCAACAUACAACAAUUUUCCCCAAGCUACUUGCAGUCAUCUUCUGGAUCGGGAGGUGGUUGACGCAAGGGAGGAUGGAAGUGUUGCCAUUUACUUCUCCGGUGCAGUUGCUUCUUGGCGUGCUGUAUUGGGUGGGAUGCUCGGAGAUUGUGUUGCCAUCAGUGGGUUGCGCAGAAAAACAAUCCGGUUGGGUCCUGACAACAAGGAGUUCUGUAUCCAUGUCGCAACACGGACAAGCUUAGUGUUCUGUAUUGGCUCUAAUCGUGGCGUACAGGGGGAAUUUAGAUUGUGCAACCACAUUAACAGUGGUCUUCAAUCUUAUGUGGGAAAGAUAACUAGUAUUCCAAUGCAAGACCAGCUCUUGGAACUAGAUAAUCGGGUGUGGCUUCUCCUGACCCACUAUAAACAUACACAAAUACACGGGCUCCAAGUGGGAGCUCUGGUAGCUGUAAGACAUGCUCACCGAAUGAUUCUCAGCAGCGUCUCAGAUAAAGUGUUGGUUCUGGGAGCUUGCUCACGAUCUCAUAUCUGGGUGAUUCUCCAUUCCAUUUCAAAUGCAAGGACACGGAUCCCUCAACCCUUGCAAAGUCGCUUGACUAAAUACAUUGGAAGCCUUCCCUUUGUCUCAGCUUUCUGGGCUCUACAGGUGAUCAUCAGUUUAACUUGCAAAUUGCAUGGAUUGUAUUCAGAUAAGGAGCUCCUCGGUUCAAAGAAGCAUGCCGGCCUUAUACGGAAAGUUCUACCAUCAAUGAUGGCCGCACCUGCCACUUUGCACCGAGAUGCUUUCAAGGAGUUUCUAUUGCACGAGCAAUUCUGUUCACUUGGAGAUACCUCCGCAUCAGCAUUACUGUCUAAGGUUCCACCACUGUCAAACUUUUGUGAGCAUGUGGAGACGUUGUGGGUUGAUACGAUCUUAUCCAGCUGGCAAGAAGAUGGUUUUAGCAACAAUAGUGACGCGAAGCCAAGUGGUCAGACAGCUAGGAUCUGCAAGCCGAUGGUUACAUUGAUCCCCUGCUAUAUCCGGAAUGUGCUCUCUAGUUCAAAACUGGGUGUUGUACUCGUAGGUUCUCUGAAGGUGUGUCAAUCAUCAGGGAAGCUUCAACUGAUUGAUGCAACAGGAGCUCUUGAUGCCGUUGUUCCAGACCUUGGGUCUCUUACAAACUUGCAUUGUUUUUACCAGAUUGCUGAAUAUACACUGAUCAUGGAAGGCGAUUAUAAACCUUCAGACUUAUCUCCAGAAGAGAAGGACAGCAAUUUAUUUUCACCACUUUCAUGGUCUAGGUUGCUGAAAGGCUCAGUAUUUAGGAAAAGGAUACCUCAAUCGAUUUCGUAUUAUGUGCAAUUCCAUCUACAUUAUGCAAACCGCUUACAAGGCCUAGCUUGGCCUUCAGAAGUUCAAAAUCACGUUACUCAAGCUGGUGUUGAUCUUCCCAGCAGAAGCCAUGUGAGGAAAGAUGUUUACAAAGGAAAAGAGUUCAACAUAGCACUCAUUACCCAUAAAUGCCCGGCUAGACUGAAGUUUUCUGCAGACCAGGUAAACCAAUGGGCGUUUGAUGCUGAAGCCGUGCUUCUUCCCUACAACCUUUUGAUUCAUCAAGAUAAUGACGCCUGCAGUGAUAUUCCCAAUUCGCCCUUACAAACUUUCGAUCUAAAUCUGAGUGGAGCGCACGGAGCGACGGAAAUUUCAAAUCAUGCAGAUGCACUUCAACUCCACAAACUUAAGGAAUUGGGAGACAAUACAACAUGUGCGCACGGUUCAUUUUUGCCUGUUUCGGGGUGUUUGAUAGAUUGUUAUGUGUGUUGUCUGGUUGAACAACAUCCCGGACCCAAGAAUUAUGGCAGUCAAUCCUUUUGUACGUUGCCAGCGUCGCUGGUGGCAAGGAUUUGUUCUGCAAGAACGUCUCUCUCAGGUUCAUACUGUGCGACUAAGGAAGAACAUUGGGCUAGACUGUCAGAGGCUAAACUGCAGAAAGUUGUGCUUGCAAUCAACUGGAAAUCACUUGAAAUUAGUCAGGUGUUGAAUACAGGGGAUUGGUGUCUGCUGUCCACCUCUCACGGCAACCUGCCACCAGUAAAUUCUUCACAAUUGAAUAAAGCGUUUAAGAGAGUGGAGAUUGACGCCAGUAACUCUCUCAUCGGUCUUAAUUGGAGAUAUACUACGGAUUGUCAAAUUGCAGACAUGAAAAACUUGCCGCAGAACGGUUCGUUCAGCAAGAGAAUGACUUCAACUUUCACUCCUCAUAAUGCCUCCGACUCAAAAUAUAUCGGUUCAACAGGAAAUGCUACUGAAAAUGAAGGAAGUACUUUGAAAGUCGAUAUGGGAAGAUGUUCUGGUUGUGAUAUUGAACCGAUGGAUGAAGACUCCAGGGGCUGUCAGUCCCAACUUGUUGAUAUGGUGCUGACCAUGUCCAACACCUUAGGGGACGAGUUCAGACACUGGUCAACUUCGCUCGAAAGCAAGCUGAUUCCGCAGAAUUUAAGCGUUAGUGAGGCUCUUCAGCUUGCUCCAUAUGUUGGAGAGGUAUGUGACACCCCAAAUGUUGGAUCAUCCGGUAUACACUCUUUGCAAGGGGAAAUGGUGUCCAUCCGAGGCGAACUUGUAGCAGUAAAGUGUUCGAACUGUCCUACUACAACGGUUGAUGGCGAACAUGAAGAGCCAAUAUUCUCGAGGCUCUCAGGUCGUUCACGGCGACAAAAGAUACUCUGUUAUCUCAAGGAUCUGCGCACCGAGCAACUGAUCGGAGUUCAGAUCAACUUCAACAGGUCUGCGAGACCUGUUGGAUUUGGGCCUGGUGCUGUGGUAUGCUUUCAAAGAAUUCUUUUACGAAGGGAUCGAAAAUUGCUCGUUGGUAUGCCGACUACAAACGUGGUUAUUGAAAGUGUGGAGAGAAGACGUCACCAAUUGUCGCAGAGGAGACAAUGGCUGAGGUCUGAGAGCUUGCUACGGCAAGAGCAAGAUGACUACGCAGAGAAUGCUGGUGAUGUGGAUUUUCUCAAUGACUUCAUUCGUGAAAUGGAACCCAAAAAGAAGCACCUGAGAGUUCAUUGCAAUAAUGUAACUGUGCAAGAACUUGAACUGGAUUGGCAAACAGAGAGAAUUUUCUCUGCAGAUACACUAUCUGUGGUGGACGAUAUGAUAGAGGAUAUUGCAGUCAAACGGGCCUGCUUCAUUAUAGAUGACGGAUCUGCAGUAGCUGAGUGUUGGGCCAGUGGAAAUGAGGCAGCUAUACUUCUUGGGUUGCAUGGAUCAGGAAGACAUAUGUCGCCUGUGUCUCCAUCUAUCAUCUCGUUAGCACAGAAUUUUUCCCUACAUGGUGAACAGCAACUCACUCCGAGAACAUCGUGGCCUCAAGUGCUCAGAUGUCUGGUGCGAAAACACAAAAAUAUUUUUUUUCAAGGAAAGACCUCACAAGAAGACGCAGAGACCAUUUCUUGGGUUGCCAAGGGUGCUAAUGGUGAUCUUGAAGAAAGCGAUGCUUUGGUUUUGAGAUUAUUCUUGGAACAAUCAUGUCAACUUGGUCCAAAAAUUGUGCAUUGUUCCACAAUGUCAAGUAAAGACAUGUCAAAGUACUGUGAGGAGUCUCGCUCGAGGCAAAGUCUCUCUUGUGCUUUAGAAAUGGUUAACCAAUUUAGUAAACCUUGGCAAAAGCUUGUGGCCACAAAGGUGGACGUGCUAAAUAUUUGGGUUGAGCUUCAACAUUUGGCCAGCUGUCUCGUUGUAUAAAGUAUAGGUUACGUAGAUGUUAGUUUUGUAAGGAAUUUUAUUCUUUUACAACAUUCCCAGCGAUGUUUGUAUUUUUCAUUUUCACAAAGUAGUCUGUGGCCAUUGAAUCGUAAUUUGGAAAGAUAUGAGAUACACUUUAUGUCAUUCUGACCAAAGAGUGUAUCCACUUUAUCAAUAAUUCAUGUUUCAAUGCUGUCUUUGCCAUCUUCAA